CGCGCCCCAGUUCGGCAGCCCCGGCGGCGGAGGCGCAGCGUCCCGGCCAUGUCGCGCGGCCUUCAGCUCCUGCUCCUGAGCUGCGCCUGCAGUCUGGCGCUCGCCACGCGGGAGGUGACAGCAGCUUGCGGGGAGGAUGUGGAGUUGCCCUGCACCGCCCCCUGGGACCCCCAAGUCCGCUACACAGCCUACUGGACCAAGCUCAAGGAGGGCAAUGAGCAGAGAGUCGAGGCAGUCCAGGCAGAUCCGCACCUCGGAGAACAGCACGCCCACCAGGAAGGACACAACGGCUCUUUGGAGGUCCCCUGGACAAGACCUUACUCCCUGAAGAUCCGAAACGCUACGGGCUGCAGCGCUGGGAUGUACAGGUGCACCCUGCAGGAGCUCCCAGGACUGAGGAACCUCAGUGGCAUCAUGCUCCUGAAAGUGACAGGCUGCCCCACCAGACGCAAGGAAGUCGAUUUCCAGAAGUAUCGAGCCGAGCUUGUGCUACUGCUGGCCCUGGUCAUGUUCUACUUAACACUCAUCAUUUUCACUUGUAAAUUUGCACGGCUACAGAGCAUUUUUCCGGACUUCUCGAAGCCUGGUGUGGAACCAGCCUUUCUUCUAGUCACCUCCCCCAGUAAGUCUCAAGGGCCAGUGACUCUUCAGAAAACGGAAGUCGUGUGAGCAAGAAUUCUGCCAAGUGAUACUCUGACAUCGAGGGCUCUGAGGAUCGCCCAUCUGCCACUCUAAACCGAGAGAGAAGAAGGAUUCUGCCCUGAAGAUGCCAUCUUUCCUGGGAAGUCUUCCACACCUGACAGCAUCUGAAUGUGGAUCUUAGUCCACUUCCUGCCUGCAGAGCCAUGAACACAUCCCAUGACCACGUAGCAUGGGGCCAUCACAGCCUCUCCAUGGCAACUGUCCUGGCAUUUCAUGCAAUUGUCUGGUCCACCUCUUGGGACAUAAUUUUCCAGCAUAUGAAAGCUUUGGUGGGAUGUUUGCAAAGGGCUCUUGGGAGCAGUGGAAGCCCAGAGCUGUCCCUGGGAUACCCUCCUGGGGACAGCCAUCCUUGUCCGCAUUUGGCAAACAUCUCUGUGGGUUUGCUGUGCUUUGUUGCACCAGCCCAGAUGUUUUACAUUGAGAGAAACUCACAGUCCAAGCCACAUCAGAGUGGGAAAGAUAGAGCAAAACGCCUCCUGGCCCGAAGAGAGCGGUAGCAUGUGUGUGUGGGCACAGAAGGUGGACAGAUGCUUCUCCAACAGUCAUGAAAAAGUGGUAAAGAAGAACGCCACGUCUGUUUUUGGAGCUGCACACGCUUGACAUAGAAGGGCUCAUUUCCUUCCCCUUUCGAAAUCUGCGCAGUUUCAGGGCUUUGCUCACUGAGCCACACCUGUUGAUGGAGAAUGAGAAGUCAGAAGUGGUGACCAUGGGAUAGAGCAAUGGAGUGACGUGCCGGAAGUGCUGGUCCGAUUACACCUUCUGGGUUUCAAUUCCAGUUAUCCCAUUCCCUAACUGCAUAAUCUUGGGCAAGUUCCAUCUGGCGUUUUGCUUUCUCAGUGGUUAACCAAAAGGCUCUUGCAUGGAGUGGUUCAAAUGAUGUGAAAAUGUUUUUGAAAACAUAUGAAACUUUGUUUAGAAUCAGAGCUCUCCCGGGGGUUGUCAUCCCUGCUGAGACGUGCUGGCCUGGUGUUACACUCGUUUACAUGCAUUCCAAAGAAGGCGACACGGACGUCACUUGCAUAGUCUUCUGUAUGAGUUCCUUUGGGAAGUGGGGGAGCCAGCUUGUUGAUCUGAUCCUGAAAUCCAGAAUACUCCACAAUGUGGACAUGCAGGCACCCUGCCCAUGGACAGAAGGGAGUUUGAGAAAUGUUGCAUGGGUAUUGGCAGCUGUUGAAUUUCUCUCAUCUGUUGUGACCCUCUCUACACUUGUUUUUCAAAGAGAUCCUUGAACCCUUCAGUAGUGUGCGGAUCACCUACACUAAUGUUAAAGUAAGAAGGGGGACACUGAGUGGAUUCAGUGCUUUUACCUCUUGGUUGCUGCUUUUGUGUUAUUAAAAGUGUGAAUGUGAA